UAUCAACGAUUCAUGAAUGGAAAUUAAUUUUUUACUGUUCGUAAAUGAAUGCUACAUUAACGCGUUACAAUGUCGUCUAAGCCAAAACAAGAUGUACUGGCAGAAGAGGAAACAGACGAAGACUUCAUGACGAGAAUAACUCAACCUAGAAUAUGGACAGUCUUCAAAUCAGAAUUCAUUUUUCAAGUAUUUAUAGACGAGCGAUUCGAUGAAGUCUUAGAUAUGUUUAAAAAUCAUUAUAUUCACGAAGAAUCAUUAUGUAAUAAUAAUACAUUGUCAUCAGAUCAAGAUUCAGUUGAUCAAUUUUUAUAUCUGAUCAAACAUUGGAUCUCGGAUACUUUAUCAUCAAUCGUAAUUGAAAAAAGCUCUGGAAAAUGUAUUGGAAUAAUAGUCUGCAGAUUUUGUUCWAUUGAAGAUAACUCAUUAGAGUUUAGCAGAUUGAGGUUAUACGAAGGAGAGAAAUGGAAUAUAAUACAGAAUUUCAAAAACCACUUGAGCCAAAAAGUUGAUAUUUACAAAUAUUACAAAACUGUAGCAUUCUUCAGAAUUUACGCUUGGUUUAUUCUUCCUCCGUAUAGAGGUCAAGGAUUGGGUAAAAAACUAUUGGAGUGCGUAAUCAAACAACAGUUACCCGAGAUGGUGCAUCUGGGGUGCAACGUGAUAUCCGGAAUAUUCACUAACAAAAAGAGCCAAGGAAUAGCAAAUUCUUUGGGUUUGAAGGCUUUGUACGAGGCUAAUUAUCUUGAAUGGGCUAAUCAAAACAACGUAAUGUUGACUAAAAACAUCGAAGCUGAAAAUGAAACAGUCAGUGUGAUGGCUUGUCAAAUAAAUCAGAAUCAAUACGUAUCCCUGCAGCUAUAAUGUACCUAAUAUUUGAUGAACUGUCAUUUUUCAGAUAUAAGUAGUUUUUGAUUUAAAAGAGUU